GAAGAGAAGUGGUGCAGAAGGCGGUCAGGAGGGCAGGGUGGUCUGGGGGCAGUGGUGAGGUGCAUGGGGGGUUGCUUAGAGGGCGCAGAGGGACUGUUCCCAGGGUAGGUGGGGCAGCCCGUUGGUUGGAUGGAGGUGGAGUGGCGACGGGGCGGUGCUGCCCCUUGCUCCAGCCUGAUUCUGCUGUUUGCUCGCUGGUUUGAGUUUGCCUGCAGCCUGAGUCCGUCCCGGGCCAUUAUCUAGAUGUCUUUCCGUAGUGCCUGAGAGCUCAGCAGUCCGACACAGCCUGGGCUGAUGAUCUCUGUGUGGAGUCCUUCAAACUCCACCGCUCGCAGGGGAUUAUGAACUCAUUUGGGCAGCAGCCCACAAAUUCACAGUCGACCCCUCUCCAGCAUCCGAAUGCACAGGAUUUGCUGGACAUGGCGGUGUACUGUGACAACCUGAGCGUGUACCCGCAAAACCUGCACCACCACCACCCACAGAGGCCAUCAGCUCCUCCCGGAGGCUAUGGGCUGAGCGAAUACAGCCCCCCGGCCGCGAACCCCUACCUCUGGCUCAAUGGACCUGCCAUCAGCUCCUCGCCUUACCUCUCUGGGACUAAUGGGGCUUCCUUCAUCCCCUCGGGUUACGGGACCAGCCAGAGACAGUUCCUGGCCCCGGCCUCAGGCUUUGGGGGCACCGAUCUCAGCUGGUUGUCUCUCUCCAGCCAGCAGGAGUUUUUUAAAUUGGUGAGGCCCCCCUACUCGUACUCGGCCCUGAUAGCGAUGGCCAUCCAAAACGCGCCGGAGAAGAAGCUGACCUUGAGUCAAAUUUACCAGUACGUGGCCGAAAACUUCCCUUUCUACAAGAAGAGCAAGGCAGGCUGGCAGAACUCCAUCCGGCACAACCUGUCCCUCAACGACUGCUUUAAGAAAGUGCCGCGGGAUGAAGACGAUCCAGGAAAAGGCAAUUACUGGACCCUGGACCCCAACUGCGAGAAGAUGUUCGAUAACGGCAACUUUCGCAGGAAGAGGAAAAGGAGGGCGGAGGCCCCUGGGACCAGCGCCCCGGGAGUGCCCGGCAAAGCGGAGGACCAGAGCGGCGGUGCCUUGAAGUCGCCAGACCCAGCCAGCCCGCUGGUCCUAAGCUGCCCUGCCCCGCCGAACUCUGCCGGCGGCUGCGGGAGCGGGCCCCAGUCCUCCCCCGCGCCCGCACGGAGCCCCUGUUUCUCCAGCUUCGCCUCCAGCAUGCAGGCCUUCGCCAGUGGGAACAAUGGCUUCGCCAGGCCGCUCUCGGCAGGGCUGGCGGGCGAAGCGUCACACGGAAGGCAAGCUGGGCCUGCUGUGAGCGCGGGCCCCACGUCCAACAGCGGCACGGCCCAUCCGCGAAUGAACUCCUGUGCAAGCGGCCAGCACUUCCUGAACAACUUCAGCGUCAACCACCUGAUUUACAGCAGGGACGGGACAGAAGUUUGAGCGGACUCUGAAAUAACUUGGGGGAAACUCACAGAAGCCACGUUCUGGGCCUAGAACUUUGUAUAUACCAUGGUACCCAAAAUAGCUUCUUGUUAGGUCUUGGACACUGUGCCUUAAAACUCCCACCCGCUAAAUGUCCAUAGACUCUCUCUGGUUGAGGUGUCCUCACACCCAGAAUCCCAUUCGGUAGUUUGUUUACAACAUUGAUACUAUGCAUACAGAGCUAGACGAUUGACCUUAACAAAAUGCACUAAUACACGAGAUAGGACUAUUUUUGUAAUAUAUGUAAUGGUUCCAUACAGCUUUUAGAAUAAAGUGAAUCUUUUUAAUAGAGGUGAGAGCGCCCAGACGUGACAGUUCAGUGUAAUAUGUUGCUGAUCUAUGCAAUCCAGAUAACAAAAAGCUCCCCACUCGUGUGUGGGUUGUUUUAAAUCUAACUUGAUGCAAAAUUAUUGUCUUUGUUUUCUACGUGUUAUGGAAUUACAACAUUUUGUCAUCUACUAUUUUAAAUUAAAAUGGAUUUUCCAUACAGAUGACAAUGAUAUUUAUUUGUUCUUUCAGGACUUUCCAAUUAGAAAAUGCCUUCGGUUUUUCACUCUGUCGUUGUUCUGCACACAUUGUAUAUUUUGUUUUAGUCUGAGAAGCACCAGGCCCCCCAAUACUAUGCUGGCAAUACGCAAAAGAGGCACCGAUAGCAUGUCCAAUAUCUCUGUUACAUCAAGCUUAUAUGUAUGAUAUAAUUUUUAUUAUUCCUCGGUCUUUAACAGUACAACAGUAAUUUGGUUUAAACAAAUGGCUGCCUUCUAAAACUAAAAUAAUGACUACAAAUAAUUCUCAUUGGGAAUUUAACACAGACCUGAAGCCAUGUAAUUGCACAGUUGUUCUCUUGUGCUUUAAUGCAAAGGCGAGUAAAGUGUACUAUUGCCCGAUACUGAUCUUAGAAUAGUUUGGUGUCUGUCAUCGAAGUUAACGUUUGUUUUGAACCCAGUGGAGGCGAGAGAGACUUUCGAUCAGAUAGGAUGGAUUGGAUGGUGAUUGGAGAGCAACAGAGCGCGCGGUCCUAUCAAGUAUCAAACAAACGUGCGUGCUAGUAAAUAGCUGGAAAAGAUUCCCAGGUCUGCUGGUAGGAGGCUCGUUCGGAAUCGAAACGUCAAAUAUC